GUGGUUCCCGCUUGGAUCAACCUCCCGUUCUUGCCCAGAGAGUGUUGGAGUGCCAAAGCUAUCGCCAAAAUAGCCUCGUGUGUCGGUAAACCCAUCUCUACCGACAAGUUAACGACAACACGUGCUCGAAGGAAUUAUGCCAGGGUUUUAGUAGAGCUUGACCUCUCAAAAGACCAGACCCUUAGUUUCCCCGUUAAUGCUAAGGAUGGAGUAUUGUUUGAACAAAAGGUGGAGUAUGAAUAUGUCCCACAUUAUUGCUCCCAUUGCAAGUACAUCGGCCACUCUCUCUCGAAUUGUGGUAAGCAUGUGGCCCACGUGAAGGGAAAAAAAAUAAAUGGGGAACCAGAAAAGCAUGGGAAGGUAGACUAUCCAGAAAAAAAAAAGCCGAGGAGGACACUCUUAAGGUCAAUGCCCACGAGAAAAAGAAGGCAAAGACCACCAAAGAAGAGGAAAAAAAUGAACACAU